AUGGAAGCUGCCCGAGUAAUCUCUGUGAAAACAAUCAAAGCAUCCACUCACAAUUCCUCAGAGAUAAUCGAGUUAAAUCCAUGGGAUCUCCAAUUUCUCCACUAUGAGUAUAGCCAAAGAGGCCUCCUUUUUCGCAACCAAGAAAACACAUCGACCAACCAAAUACAGCACCUCCAACACUCCCUUUCCGCAGCUCUCGCCUUCUUUCCACCCCUCGCUGGUCGUCUCGUUAUUCUCCAACAUCACCAAAACACAGUCUCAUCCCAUAUCCUAUGCUCAUCCCAUAUCCUAUGCAACAACGCGGGUGUCCUCUUUCUUCAUGCUGUUGCACCCAACACCUCCGUUGCUCACAUCCUUCAACCCAAAUACGUUCCUCCCAUUGUUCGCUCCUUCUUUCCAUUCAACGGCGUUGAAAGCAACGAUGGCACAUCACAGUCAUUGCUUGCUGUGCAAGUGACGGAGCUACUUGACGGCAUCUUCAUCGCCUUUGCAGUCAACCACGUCGCUGCUGACGGCAAGUCAUUUUGGCAUUUUGUGAAUUCGUGGGCUGAAAUCUCACGUGGUUCCAAUAAAAUACCCAAACUCCCUUCUCUCCAGCGCUACUUUCCGGAUGGCAUCCACCGCCCCAUACUCUUUCCUUUCGCAAAGAAGGAAGUUUUUCCGCUCCUCGAAUCUCAACCGGUACAUUGUAGGGUCUUCCACUUCUCUAAGGAUAAAUUAGCGGAACUCAAAUCAAAAGCCAACGCAGAGGCCAACACCAACAAAAUAUCUUCUCUGCAAGCGCUUUUAGCCCUCUUUUGGCACACUGUCACCCGUUACAGACGUGUUGACCCGCAAGAAAAUGUGCAUAUUGUGUUGAUGAUUGGCCUUGGGCACAGGAUGACUCCACCGCUGGCAGAGGAUUAUUUUGGAAACUCGUUGGUGCUUGAUUUUGUGACCAUGAAAGCGGGGGAACUGUUGGAGUGUGGGCUCGGAAAGGGUGCUUUGGAGAUGAACAAGAUGAUUGCUUCGCACUCUCAUGAGAAGGUAAAGAACCGCUGUGAGUCCUGGGGGAGAACCCCAGCGGUGCUUUUACCAACGAAAAUGGAUACCGGAAAUAUGUUCUUGAUUGCAUCUUCCCCGAGGUUCAACAUUUACGGUAAUGACUUUGGGUGGGGAAGACCCGUGGCAGUUCGAAGUGGUGGUGUAUUUAGUAUCAACGGAAUGAGUAUGGUAUAUGCUGGAGCUGAAGAAGGCUCUAUUGACAUUGAACUGUGCCUUCCUUAUGAGCUUUUGGAGGCCAUGGGAAAUGACCAUGCAUUCAUGGAUUUCGCAUCCAACUAA